AUGGCGCGUUCUCUGAUUUCCAGCCGCAGAUCCAAGUCCCGUAAUGACGAAGAGGACAAGAAGGAUGCUCUGACUAAUCUGUCAGCGUUGACGGCGCAAAGGAACGCACAAGUUUUCUUUGAUAAGUACGACAGGAGGGAGGUCCAGGAAUUGCUGAGUCUCACCACCUGUAACUGGUUGCUAUGCAGUGACAAUUUCAACAUACCCGUGGAUUUUCCUCCCGGCAUUAUCAAACAAAUGAGGAAUUUCACCCAGUCAAACAUGCUUAUUCUCACACCCGCCGACCCCCGAGUAACCCUCGAUUACAAAGUGGUACAGCAAAUCGUGAAGGAGCUCACUGUUGGGAUAUACUGCUUCAAUCAGCUACCGUUUAUCAGUCUUGAACCCAACUAUGAGAAGAGUACCUCUUGUCAGCUGACACCCGCUUAUUAUGAUACAAAAGUUGGACAAAUAUUGAUAAACAUAGACUACACCAUGAAAGGCCUGUGGCAUGGCGCGGUCAUUCCAGCAGAUAAGCGCAUUCGUUUUUCUGAAAUAUGGCGAUCCUGCAUGGAUGUAGAUGCAAAUGGAGUACCGCAGACUAAAAAGGACAUGUUCUCUGAGUUCCUCACAGCAGGUUUGAUGGAUCCUUCCCAGGAGCCAUGUUACCAAGGCAUUUAUACGCAGGACUGUGGUGCAGACCCCACCUAUGAGCCCAACAGCCCUGAGGAAGAGCAGCUCUUCUCCCAGCACGCUGAGGGCCUGCUGCUGAAGCUGACGCCCUGCGUGUCUGCCUGUCAGCAGCACCAGAACCUGUUCGUGUUCCAGAGCUCGUGCGGCCUGGCCAGCGCCGUGCGCUUCCCCCCCGACAGGCUGGAGCUGCCCACGUACCAGAGGCUCCAGCAGCGCCUGGCACUCCAGGAGGAGCUUGUCAGAGACUGCCUGGAGAGAAAGAUGGAGACGUGCCAAAACCUGGCCUAUCUCAGGCUCAUCGCCUUCCUUGUGCCCCUGCUGGUGGGGCUGAAGAAGAAGAUGAAGAUACCGGACCUGUCUCAGGUCUUUGAGCCCUUUUCAGAUGAUAAGGUGAAGACAGAGCGGGAGCUACCCCCCUUGCUGCUGGGACCAGAGUUCACCUGUAAACACUUUCCAUACAAGCAGGACCAGUAUUUCCACCUGCAUGGUGGGAUUGAGUUUGACAUUGGGACAUCUCCACUGGAGGACCUUGCUGCAGAAAUACAAGAAGCCCAUGCAACUCUGCAGAAUCUUGCAGCUGAUCACCUGAAUGACCUGCGGUCCCAGAAUGCUGUCUACAGGCAGCACUUCCCUGUGCCAGUCUGGGAGCAUGAGGGCAAACGCUACAGUGUGAUUGCCAUAGACUUGGAGGGCUUGUACGCCAAGGCCAAUAGGAUUCAGUGGUGGGAGGCCAUGAAUUCUGUCAUUAAGGCUCUCAGGGGAAAGAGGCUUCCAUUAACUGAUAUUCAGCUGCAUGAACAAUUUAAAAAAAUGUUUGGAUACAAAAAGGCCAUCAAGUGCAAGAGCAUGCCGUUUGGCCUGAAGGCCACUGCAGAGCGGGGUCUUUCAGCGGCGUUCCACUCCCUGUGCCGUAAAACCUUGCCCGCUCACCUGAGUGCGCUGGACGAGCACGGAUACUCUCUGGUGCACCACGCCGCCCUGCGCAACCACGCCCCCAUCCUCUGCCAGCUGGCAGCCGCUGGAGUCAUCCUGGACCAGGCCCACAGCAACCGCUUCCUCCGCACCGGAAUAACCGCCCUGCAUCUAGCGGCUCAGUGCGGAUCACUGGAGGCCCUGAACUGCCUGCUGGCCCUCCAGGCCAACCCCAGACUGGCCGACCGGAGGGGCUGGAUGGCUGUUCACUUUGCAGCCUACUACGGACAGAUACCCUGCAUCCGAGCGCUCUGCAGGGUGGACCCGGCCCUGAUCCAAACUCACACCACUGCAAGGUACCGGACCACACCCCUGCUCUUGGCGGCCUCCUCCGGGUCUCUCCAGGCCCUGGACUUCCUGCUGUCCGUAGGGGCGGACUGGCGGGCGCGGGACAGCGAGGGGAACUGUGUGGUCCACCUGGCUGUGCUCUACUUCCACACUCAGCUCCUCCAGCACCUGAUUCAGCUGGGCCUGGACCACCUGCCCGUGUGGGCCCUGCUUGUCGAGAUGCUGGAGAGUGAGAAACAGAAGAGGCGGGAGAUGGCGGUGAGGUGCAUGGAGGUGCUGUGUGUAACAGUGGAUUCCUUCUGGAAGGACAUUAUGAAUGCAGGUGGUGUCCCAGCCCUUCUGGGUCUCCUGCAGAGUGAUUGGCGGGUGUUGCAGUGCUGUUCCGCGGCGGUGCUGUGUCACAUGACGCAGUGGGCGGAGCCCUGCGAGGAGCUGGUGGAGUGGGGGGCGGUGCCGGUUCUGCUGGGCCUCCUGGAGACCCGCGUGCCAGAACUCCACUCCCGCUGCGCCGUCAUCCUGGCGGACCUAGCGACCCGCAGCCCGGCCUUCCAGGAGCUCAUCGCCCGGCUGGGCGGGGUGGGUCCUGUGGUUCGGCUCCUGAGCUCUGACCUGCAGGACGUGCUGGUGAACGCAGUGAGGUGUGUCCGGGCCCUGUGUGUCCGUAGCCCGGGCAACCAGACCGCACUGGCCCAGGCCGGAGCCAUACCGCCGCUGGUGGAGUUCCUCACCCUCAAAUCAGAGGUGCUGCAGGAGGAGGUGUGCUCUGCCCUGGCCGAUCUGGCUCUCGGACAUCGGCAGAACCAGGACGCAGUCUGCUCAGCGGGGGCCGUGGGGCCCCUGGUGCUCAUCUUGCGGGGGAGGAGGCUGGCGGCUCAGGUGAGGGCUGCCCGGGCACUGGAGACCAUCGCCGAUCACAACCCCCCCGUACAGGCCCGCUUCCUGAAGAAGUCAGCCGCCAAGCAGCUGCUCCGCCUGCUGAAGGUGUUCCAGCCAGAGGUGAAGGAGCAGGGGGCAGCGUCUCUCUGGGUCUUGGCGGGGCAGACCCAAAAGCAGAAGAGACUCAUGGCGGAGCACAUCGGCUACCAUUUCAUUCUCGAGUUCCUCCUCUCUUCAUCUGACAAAAUGCAGUACGUCGGGUGCCAGGCUGUCAUUGCUCUCACUCAGGACUGCAGGACCCACCAGGACGGCCUGUGUGCGGAGAAGGGCGUUCCCCCCCUGGUGCGUCUCCUCCGCCGGUCCCACACCACUCCGCGCACCCUCCUCUGUGUGCUCCAGGCCCUCAGGACACUGUGCAUCGGAGUAGCUCACACUCGCAACCUAAACAGUCAGAAGGCCAUCUCUGAGGAGGACGCCAAGCUUACCCUGAUGAAGUUGCUGAAAUAUCACAAAUCUCUGCAGGUCAAGGUGGAGGUGGCGCAGACCUUGGCCUGUCUAACUCUGGGUAACCAGGAGCUGCAGGCUCAGCUCUCUGACCAGAUGAAGUUCAUCUACACUGAGGUCCUGGAGCUCCUGCAAGCACAAGACCAGACCAUCUGUCUGGAAGCUGGGUAUGCUCUGUCGCUGUUUGCAUACAACAACAAAGUCCAGCAGGCCCUGAUCCUGCAGUCUGGAGGCGUCUCCAUAGCAACAUACGAACCCUUCCUGCAGUCGGAGAGCGAGGCUGAGAGAGCGAAAGCUGCGUUUCAGAUCGUUGUACUCGCCAAUGUCAUCACGGACGUAGACCAAGUGACUCUGUCCGCAAGAGGGGUCACGGUUAUGGUUAAUCUGCUUCAGUCUAGCCACCCUGACACUGUAACUCUGACAGCUCAGCUCAUCGCCAGCCUUGCUCACACACGGGCUGGUAUAUCCGACGGCAUCAUCACCUUGGGAGCUGUGGACCACCUGUGCGCACACCUGUGUUCAGAAGAGGAAGAGGUUCGGAUAUCAGCUGCUUGUGCACUAGGUUACCUCUCCUUUAACCGCAAGGCCCACCGAUUACUGCUGGUAAAAUGCCGGAACACCCCGGUGAUAUACGACCUCUUGAGAGAACAUCUCAUUAAAGAUGCCAAGAUAUCGAAUAUCUUUACUGCUGACUUCAGACGACAGAAACUAGUCGGGCUUCCCUCACUGAGUUUGGAAGCGAAUGGUGGCCCGCCUGUCUGUCAACAUAAUAAAGGUGUUCGAUGUGCAACCAGUGCGGGUUCCCGGGGCAGAGGUUUGGAAAAGCAGUGGGUGCGGUCGCAGUCAGCCCCCAUCCUCCGCACCAGAGGCUCCGUCCAUACGGCCAGCCCCACCGUGCGCCUGGAGGUGCCGGAACUGGGGGCCUCACCGUCCGGAGCGAGGGUGGGGGGUGUGACAAAUCACAGUAGCACCUAGACACCCAGAAGGGGAGUUGUUCAGAACUCAGAGAGGAGCUCCAGCAAUUAUAGAACACGUUGGUAAGAAGAAACAGAACAUGAUGGUGAUUGGUGGACCAUGCUGUAAAAUCCAGUCAUAAGCUAGUCUAGCUGGGUAUGAGCUGGCCAACCAGCAUGGCCAAGCUGGUCAUGAAGCUGGUCAAGCUGGAUAUGAGCUGGUCAACCAGCUGUUGUUGGUAGCUUGUUUUAGCUGGCAGCUGGUCAACCGGCUACUGUUUCAAAACAUAGCUUGAGUUGGUCAAACUAUGUCAAGCUGAGAGCCAACCAGCCUUUUCAGGUUGAGCUGUUUUUUUAGCAGGGGAUACUUUCUGGUUUUAUAGUCAGAAUGAGUCAGAAGGUAUCCACCAAUUACC